GCUUCUUCCAAACACAGUAGUAGUUGAUUCACACUGGUACGCACAUUGAACAAGCUCAGUCAUAUAGCGGAUCACGUUAUUUCCUCGCCUCUCUGGAAAUGUCUAAACAGCACGUCUUAUAAUGUUGGGAAGAAAAAUACCUGGGUCAGGUUUGCUGAGGGCAGCAGAAGGAAUGGGCCGGGGUAGGACAGGAGAGAGGCUGCACGCAGCGCUGGCUGGACUGCAGGAGCUGCAUUUCCUCCGGGACAAACAGAGUGCAAUGGUGCACUGGGCUCUGACCCUGAACAGAGAGGACACCGAGACAUCAAAACAAGAGAAGGUGAGCACAGAGGAACUGAGAAUGGAGGCAACACUUACUCUUCUCAAACAACAGCUGACACGCCUGCGCAAACAGGAUGUGGGAUUGAAGACUCAUCUCCAGCAGCUAGAUCAGCAGAUCAAUGACCUGAAACUGGAUGUGUGUAAAGCAUCCACUGAACACCUAGAGAGUGACAGCAGACCCAGUUCAGGGUUCUAUGAGCUCAGUGAUGGUGGUUCUGGCUCAUUGUCCAAUUCAUGCACCUCCGUCUACAGCGAGAGUCUUUCCUCCUCAUCUCAAACCAGUCUGCUUCCUCAUCUCCCAACCUCAUAUGUGCAACAUGGUCAUAGUGGUUCCAGGCAGACCGCUGUGUCCCGUCGUUGUUCUGCUGAUGAGAGCACUACACAGUCCGAUGCUCCACGAUCAGGAGUGAAGCUUGGCAGCAGCUGUAUACGAACAACAUCAGCUCGAGUUGAAAGAGCAAGACAACGACCUGUUUCCACAGGGGACCUUGACCGAAUGAUUGCACCUGGUUUUGGCUGCUUCAAAUCCAUUGAUAUGAAGAGCUCCACCCCUUGUGGUAGCCUCCAAAACCCCUCAGUAGACCUCAAAUACCAGAGUAACCUGGUAUCGAACAACGGGACAGAAGUGUACUGUUAUCCCAGUCCACUGCAUGCUGUGGCCUUACAAAGCCCCAUCUUUAGUUGCACCACUGAACAGGGAAAUUCAGUAGCACUUAUUGAAAUGUCUGGAGUGGGUCUUCAAGAGGAAACCCAAAAGACAAACGAAGGGUCCACAAAUUCCAGGACUGCUGGAUACAUCAACAAGCUACUACAGCGAAGCUCAAGUAAGAUGAACCUGUUUAGCAUAAAAAGAAAUGACACUGUUAACAGUACACAGGAGCAAACACCCAGAUCACUAGAAAUGUCCUACGGACAGCUGAAUGGUCCCCAACUGCUAGGAUCCCUUCAGCAGAUGUCAAUGCCCUUAGAAAAUGCAUUGGAGACUGGACAGAAAUCUUCAUCACUAAACAGCAAUCAGCAUCAGAGGAAUGCACCUGGUCUGGAGCCCAAUUCCGAAGCAACUGAAGUCAAGACAUUGUGCCAUGGCACACACUCAAAACCUUCCAUGGAUCUCCACAAUAAUAACUUUCCCAUAAAGAUUGCCUCAAGCAAGGCUGGUACUGAGUCUGAGAAUGGACUCUCAGAAAAGGAGAGUGGACAGUUUUCCAAGGACCCAUCUAUGGUCCCAAAGCCAGUAGAGAGGAGAUCAAGUUUUACCUUAAAAAGGGAAGAAGGUAGAGCUUAUUUUGGUGAUAAAGGUGGCAAACCUCAAUCAGAAUUUGUCCAUGCACAGUUUGUUCCGGCAGGGACUCAAAGGGUAAAAGUGCAUCAGGCAGACAAGAAAAUGAAAUCUGUAAAACUGAGAAAGAAGAGCUCUGAGAAGCCUUCAGCAAAGAAACAGCAGCAUAAACACGUGUCUCGGGAGUUCUGCACCAAAACCCGAGCUGAUUUAAAACAGUCCAGCUCAUGCAAAGGGAGAGUAACAAAUCUGGAAGAGUCCAAGAUGAACUCUUGCUCAGAUUGCAGUUGUAAUGGACUUUUCAACUCACACUUAAUCCAGAACAACCCUCACCUUCAACAAAGCCAAACCUCCAAGUCCACCAAGGCCCGUAAAGCCCCAGAACCAGUGCACCUUCUUCUAGACCAAGCCAAAAAGAAACAAAGUUCUCGGAAAUGGCCAUCCUCCUCUGAGAUCCCUUUGCCCCCAGCUCUCCAAACCCAGAGAUCCAAAGAGGUGUUAAACUCUCGAAAGGGGGCCAUGGUAAGGAGUGUGAGUGCCAGGCCUCGUUCAGGUCAGUGGGGUUGUCCUCGACAGGCCCUUCCCCACUCACUUUCCACUUCCUCUUACUUCAGUUACUUGGAAUCUAGAUAUCCAGCAGCUCCAAUCUCCAGCCGCUACCCUCCUCGUUGUGAGUCAGAGUUUUCAGAGUACUCUGCAGAGUGUGCAUCACUCUUUCACUCUACUAUCGCAGCAAGCAGUGAUGGAGAGAUGAGCGACUACACCACAAACCGUUUUGGAGACAGCGAGUCCAGUCAGGGCUCUCAGACAGCCUCAGACUCAGGCAGCAGUCUCUCGCUGGAUGAGGAGGACCUGUUGGAGGAAGAAGAGGAAGAUGAAAGUGGUUUAGUGUGGGCUCAGGCUGCGGUGGGGACCACAGCAGCAGGCUUUUCUCUUCAGCAACACCAUCGCCCAGAGCCAGCAGCCUGUCGCAUCAAAGCUUCCAGAGCACUGAAGAAAAAGAUCCGCCGCUUUCAACCAGCGUCACUCAAGGUCAUGACUUUGGUGUAGAUGUACUGAAGCUUAGAAUGGAUCCUGUUAAGUAAACCUUAAGCUUUAACUGAAAUUUGGCCAAUUUGAACAAACAUGGUCUAGUCAUGGUUUACUUGCACUUGUGAGCCAAGCAAUCUAGUAAGAGUUUUCUGAGAGCUCUAAUUCAAAAAUGGCCAAACCAGAUCACUGAUCUACACCCAACUUUACCUUGAACAUGACAGUGAUGAAAAUUUCAUACAUUGACAUGGUGACUGUUCUUCUCAACAACACAAACAACUGUUGAUUUGUAUAAAAACUUUAUACUAGGGCUGAUCAACGUCGGUCAGUUUUGUGGAGUUUUGCUCCAACUUGCCUGUAGCUUUCUAGUAACUCUUAGAACUUGUUUAGAUUAGGUUGGAGCUGAGCUCUAAAGACUGUGGAUCUCCAGAACCGAUGUUCACCACUCCUGCUAUAUACUGUAAAUAAGUUAUCUGAAUAACUUUGCAAAAUGUAUUAUAAUCAAAACCACUGUGUAAAUAGCACAAUGAAAACUGCUUUGGGAACAAAACUGUACUU